AUGGAUUUGAUAGUACCAUCAACCAGCGUCAAUCAACGGAUGCGUCGUACUGAAGAAAUUUUAGAUUCAAUACCAUAUUUCUUUAAUAGUAUGCUUGAUGACAAUAAUUUACAAAGACGAUUACUUGUUGAAUUAGAUGAAUGUUUUUUAAUAUCAUGCCCAAAAUUAAAAGAAGAAGUGAAUCCAGAAUCAAAUUGGUAUUUGGUUAUACUGGAAUCAAAUGGAAUUAUUUCGAAAAUUAAAAUAACAUAUCGUGACAAAACUUUAAAAAUUUGGAAUGAUAAGAAUACCACAUUACGUCAAUACAUCGAAAUGCGUUCAUUGAAAACAAUUGAACGACCAUGGAAAAUUAUUCCGCAACAG